UGGGCGUUUGCCUAGGAAAGUUUGGAUGGACUGAGUUGUAAAAGAAACGAGAAGUGGCCAGCCCAGAAGGAAGAGGACCACCUAUAGGACAUGAGAUCAAGACAGUGAGGCUGCUCUUUGGUUUAGAGUCGGAGCAAUUGUCUUGAAGAGAAUGGCGUGUCUACUUAUGUUUGUGACUCUGCUUCAUGUGGUCACCCUGGCCAUGCUGUUCAUCUCUACCAUGGAAAAGUCAUGGUGGGUGUGGGACGGAAUGGAGAACUCGGACCUCUGGUACAACUGUAGGUAUGACAAUUUCUCAGGAACUUGGUUAUGCUCUUCCUCCAAAGAAACUGAGUGGCUUCACGCAGUUCAAGUCUUGAUGGUCCUCUCAGUGGUCUUCUCCUCGGUCUCAUUCCUGGUCUUUCUGGGUCAACUUUUCACCAUGUCCAAGGGAGGACUCUUUUACUUUACUGGAUUAUGUCAAGUGUUUGCAGGCCUGACUGCCUUGUCUGCAGUCCUCAUCUACACAUUACACACCAAAGAAAUCCUCCAGGACAGCAGAGAAGUGACUUCAGGGCACUUUGGCUACUGUUUCAUUCUAGCCUGGGUGUGUGUGCCUCUUCUGCUGUGCAGUGGUGUUAUUUACAUUCACUUACACAAGAAAGAGUGAACACGCAAAAGACCAAAAUUCAUCAAUCAUGAAAAUUAUUGAUAGUUCUGUCUCAAAUUUUGCAAUUUUUCCCUUUCUGCGCUUUAGUACAUGGAAUUUAGUUUCUGCUAUGUACACACAAUAUUAACUCGAGUAUUUUAUUAGUAUGACCUUUAAUUCGUGCCUUUACUCAUGUCAUACAGUGCCAUGAAAAAGUGGCCUUAUUUGGCUCCAUUUUCUUUCAUUGAGGCCUUGUUGACAAAUUUUUACUUUUUUCAGUUUCCCAACUUUAAUGUUUGAGAUCAAUAAUCAAAUGUCAGAAAUCAGACAAAGAUAUUUAAACUUUUCUUGACGUUUUUGUGAUCAUGGCAUUAAUUCAUGAUUUAACAAGAGAGCAAUUACUUUUCCAUAGCGAGGAGGUAGCUUUAAAUAGCUUUCCCUCUUAACUUUUUUAUAUGAACAGAUGUUUGAUGAUCCUAAACAUUUUUUUAAUGAUUAACUAGUUUUUCUAUUGACAAACAGAUACGAAUGUGAAAAUAUCUAUUAUGUAUCACACACACUUCAGAAAGAUGCAUGCAUUUUUUUUUUUUUGGUACCUUUUUUUU